AUGGAUUCUAUAUUGGGAACGUUGGCAAAGUUUCCGCCUUGUGAGCUACUUUUGAGAGACAUGCUGACAGCUUAUAUGGAAGAGGUGACGGAUGAGGAGAGCCCGCAGCGAUUUUCGGUUGAAAAGCUGAGGCGGAUAGGCAUAAUCUGUUCGCAGUUGAUAUACACUGAUCGAAGAUACUUGCCUCUACUUCCUACUCAUGAGGAUCUACUGACACUUUUGGGCGUUUUUGAUGCGUUUGUACAAAGUGAUGUUGUUGCAAAAUAUGGACUGUUCCCUGAUGACACAUCGCCUGAGUCGAGUGAAGUGCGAGUUCCCACUACGGAGGAACAGCUCCUGCGUUUUAUGGAGAAUUCAGCUCGAAAGGCCAUGAUUUAUCUCACUAUAGAUUGUGAAGAUAAAGCUCACGAUAUCUCUUUGGCUUACGCUGCAGCUGUAGUGCCGGUGGUGAAUCUGCUGUACGAAACUCGAUGGGAGUGUUCACCCCGAUCAGAAGUUUUUACAGAUUGCAUCAAGCUUUGGGAAGACGUAUUUCAGAGAACAGCCCUUGCAACACAGAGAGCAAUCGCUGCUUUCACUCACCUACCCACGGCUCCUUCCUCAGCUCAACUUGCGCUGCGCGUGCUUUGCGAGAAUGGUGCUUCAUGGCAGAAAGGCAAAACUGAAGAGAAGAAUAUUGCAUGGUAUUGGGCUACAUUAAGCGAUUGCUCAGGAGUGAAGUUGGAAACAGUGGAGAGGUGGAUCAGCAGGUUCCAUGCGGAGAGCGCUAUUGAGUUUUUGGCACAUAUCCAUGAAUACAUACAGAGGAACACACCAGAAUGGCAGGAUACGAUGUUUAGUGGAAGUGCGCUCGAUGCUCCUUCCUACCGGAUAAGUUUUCUGUGCCUGCAUGCCGCCGUCAGCAUCUUUGGUGAUAUAAGCUUGAUUUCGUCCCUAACUCCAGAACUACUCGAUUUUAUCAUGUGUGGAGUGGUUACUGCUAUGGAUAGCUGCGACGAAGCUAUUGGAGCAAAAAUUCCGAGCAGCCAUAAGCUGGAGACAUUAGCUGGCUUGUCACUGAAAAUGUUUGAAAGAUGUGCGAAAACUGCGCUGGAGAAGUUCUGCAACUCACUGGAUACGGAAUGGCCAAACUUUUUCUUGCCAACAAUGUCAAGGAUCAUUGUACGGUGGUUCACGCUGCUUAAUGUCGAUGCAAAACCAACAUUCUUUGUGCGCACGCUGGUAAAAGCUUUGCUUUACCUUAGAGAGCUGCCCGAUGAUCUAUCCCUUAAAAAGAAGCUGAGUCCAGAACUGGAUAGAUUUGAAUAUGAUGCUAUGCAUCAAACACUGAUAAUUCAAGCAGAGGACCUUGUUGUUUCGGAAAAUCCGUUUAUCCAGUUUGCAGCUCUACACAUGCUCAAAGUUUUGACCCCCAUAAUGUAUAGGCAAGAGAACGAGCAAUGGACGGAAGAGGAAAAGGUUAGCGCAACGGGUCCGCGACAUCUGGUAGUACCUGACACGCUGUCGAAACUGAUUGAUGGUACAACCGGCUGG